CAGAGCAUCUGCCAAGCACGAGCUGCUGUAAUGGUCUACGAUGAUGCCAAUAAGAAGUGGGUACCAGCUGGUGGGUCUACUGGAUUUAGCAGAGUUCAUAUAUAUCAUCAUACAGGCAACAAUACAUUCAGAGUAGUUGGCAGGAAGAUUCAGGAUCAUCAGGUGGUAAUCAAUUGUGCCAUUCCAAAAGGAUUAAAAUACAAUCAAGCAACACAGACUUUUCAUCAGUGGCGGGAUGCUAGACAAGUAUAUGGUCUCAACUUUGGCAGCAAAGAAGAUGCCAAUGUCUUUGCAAGUGCCAUGAUGCAUGCCUUAGAAGUGUUAAAUUCACAAGACUCUGGUCCAACGUUGCCUCGACAAAAUUCACAAAUUUCCCCACAAGUGCAGAAUGGCCCAGCACAAGAAGAUUUGGAAAACCAGAGAAGACAAUUGCAGGAACAGCAACGACAAAAAGAGUUGGAAAGGGAUAGGCUGGAACGGGACAGAAUGGAACGCGAAAGGCUGGAACGAGACAGACUAGAGCGAGAGAGGCUAGAACGAGAAAGGAUAGAAAAAGAAAGACUGGAACGAGAACGAUUAGAACAGGAGCAACUGGAGAGGGAGCGUCAGGAAAGAGAAAGACGAGAACGAGAAUGGCAAGAACGCCUAGAGAGAGAGAGGCAAGAACGGGAAAGACAAGAGCGGGAGAGAUUGGAAUGGGAAAAACAGGAAAGAGAGCGGCAAGAUCAACUAGAAAGAGAGCAACUGGAAUGGGAACAAGAAAGGAAACUGUCAAGUGCUGCUCCAUCUUUUGACAACUCCCUGUAUAAUACUUCACUUCCUGAAUAUGCCAGUUGCCAGCCUCCUUCAGCACCACCUCCUUCAUAUGCUAAAGCAAUGUCAGAAUCUACCCCGGACUAUGCUAUAGUGACUUCUACACAGUCGAUUUCCUCCCCCCCUACACCACCACUAAGGCACUCUGCAUCACGUUUUGCUACGUCUUUGGGCUCUGCCUUCCACCCUGUUCUUCCCCAUUAUGCUACAGUUCCUCGUCCAGUAAAUAAAAAUUCUCAGCCACCUUCACCUGUAAACCCCCCUCCCUCUUUGCCCCCAACUACCAAGUCAACUACUUGGUCAGCUUCUAGUUUUGCACCCCUUCCCCCUUCACCUCCUGUAAUGAUUAGCAGCCCUCCAGGCAAAGCCACUGGCCCCAAGCCUGUUCUCCCUAUUCCUGUUACUGUUCAGUUAUCUCAUAUGUCCCCCACUGCACCUAAUGGUCUUCCGGAAUUGACAAAUUAUUCAGUUUCUUCACCACCUACCUCAGGUCCAGCACCACUACCACCAUCUUCCUUUCAACCUCUCUCAGUCUCUGGAGUUCAAGCUUCUUCUCCAACCUCCCCUAAUGCCUCAGCUCCCUCAUCCAAGCCUAGUGUUCUCCCUUCUCCCUCUGCAGCUCCCCCUGCCUUUGUUGAGAACUCUCUAAACUCUAUGCUGGGAGACUCCUCUGCUUCUGAGCCAGUCUUGCAGACAGCCUCUCAGCCGGCUGAAUCUACGUCUCAGCAGGGUGUUACACAAGGACCACCUGCACCCCCUCCCCCUCCCCCACUCCCAUCUGGCCCUGUUCAGUCCCCAUCAGCAGUUCCACCUCCUCCUGGACCACCUCCUCCUCCUCCACCUCUUCCAUCUUUAGGGCCACCUCCACCACCACCUCCUCCCCUUCCUGCUCAGGUUCCUCUUCCACCUCCUGCUCCUCCUCUCCCUGCUACUGGCUUUUCCAUGGGAACGAUGUAUGAAGAUUAUCGACCUUUAACAGGACUGGCUGCUGCUCUUGCUGGAGCCAAACUCAGAAAAGUAUCACGGAAUGAAGAUUCUCCUAUUCCAAGUGGAGCAACAAAUUCUGCUUCACCCAAAACAGAUACUAGUCGUGGAAAUGGGCCACUGCCACUUGGAGGAAGUGGAUUAAUGGAAGAAAUGAGUGCUCUGCUUGCAAGAAGGAGAAGAAUUGCUGAGAAGGGGUCAUCAGAAACAGAAACAAAAGAAGAAAAAAGUGAAGAACCAGAGCCUUUAGUUCCCAAGCCUCCUUCAACAAGCACACCUGAAUUAACAAGAAAGCCUUGGGAAAGAACAAAUACAAUGAAUGGAAGCAAAUCACCUAUUAUCUCAAGACAUGAUGAGCAGUGUGGAAAUGUCAUAAUUUAUACUGUUUUUCUUUUUAGACCAAAAUCUGCAUCUUCUGGGCAACCAAAUACUAAUGGAGUACAGUCUGAAGGACUAGACUAUGACAGAUUGAAACAGGAUAUUUUAGAGGAAAUGAGGAAGGAAUUAACAAAACUAAAAGAAGAAUUAAUUGAUGCAAUUCGACAAGAACUGAACAAGUCGAAUACAGUGUAGAAAGAUUAGGACUAAUAUGUUUGGACCACUGGUCUUGCACAAAAUCAGCUACAUUUUGUGAGCUGCUGGAAGAUAAUGGAAAAAUAUUCUUGGAAGAAGGAGAAAACAAGAUUCUGAACUUUCAGACAACAACAUGGUGAUACACUAUUUCCUUUUGCUGCUGUUUUCUGACUUUCAACAAGAUGGAAAAUAGUCUUAAAUUGUGGCAAUGAUUUAUGCAGAAAAUCAUAAGCCUGUUAGGCAGGUGCAUUGAAAUGUUUCAUAUCAAUAUUGAAGCUGCAUAUUUACAGUGUAUUAAGUUUUUAAAAAGGAGAAAAACUUAAGGAGGCUUUUCAGAGAGGUUUUUUUAGUAGAGAAUUUAGCAAGUGAGAUUGAUAAACAAUUGUAUCUCAGGUAGUCUUCCUAUCACAUUAGAUAUUUCCUUGAUCAAAAACAAAGCAUGACUUCAAUUCACAGCAUAGAUACUGUAAGACCCAAUAUUGAUGAAUGAGAGAUCCAGGAUACCAUGGUAUAUUGAAUAUUGGAUUCUUUGGAUAAGCAAGCCUCUCUGAUUAGCCUUCAUGAAGUUUUUUUAAAGAAAAAUGCAAAUGCUGCCCAGAUUAUGAAGAUAUAGAUGCCUUCCUAAAAUGAUAUGCUUUACCAAAUCUGAGACUUCUCCUGAAUACAAAUCAAUAUGAUCAAAUGUAAAUUGUUAGAUUGUUAUAGACUUACCAUAGGUUUUUGAGCUUUUAAGAUUUAUGCAUGCAGACAUUUUUGUAACAUAAAUAACCACAGAGUUGGCUUUUAAUUUAAACCAUUCUUGCAUGCCACAAAUAUGAAAUAGCCUUUUUACAAUAAGGCCUAGUUAAUGCCCAGGCAAAACUUGGGGAGGUGUUGGGUUGGGAAUUGGGGCAACUUUUUUAUUUAAACAAUUUGUAUUAAUUGCUGCACUAUUUUUCCUUAUAUUGCAUGCAUGUGUAAUAAUAAGGAAAAUGUGAUUUAUCAGUAAACAUGUUAAAUAGAACCAGGUACUUAAUACUUUUUGUAUCAUUUCAUUUGUAUUUCAAACUUAGUAAUGUUUCAGUAGCAGUUCUUGAAAACCUGCUUUUUGCUUCUUUUUUCAGCUUGAUAUAAAGUUAAGCAUUAAGCGUCAAGAUAAUACUUAGAAGAAUUUUUUAAAACAGGCAAUGAAAAGUAAUAGCAUAUUAUUUUCACAUUGGCUACCUGCAUUUGUUCAUUGAAUUAAGUUUUGGUAUGAUCCUAAAAUAAAUAAAUCAUGUGUUAUUUUUCUACUCUUCUCCAUCACUGACCUUAACAAAGUUUGUUUUAACCUGAAUUUGUAAGUGAUCAGUGUCAGUAAAGUGAGAAGAAAUGGGAUUGGGGGAAAAGUAUUACUCCAUUGGUAUUUUUUGGGUUCUCCUAUUUUUGUCACCAUGCAUUGAAUUUUAUUUCACAAUUAAAUAUUGAUAUGUGGAAAAAAGAAAAAAAUGAAAAGAAAAAAAUGGAAAAAGGUCUUAAGAAUUGAUGUAGCAAUCUAGUUUUAGAGGGAAAAAAAAAUCACAUAUCCAGUUUUAUCUCCUUCCCCAUUUAUACAUUUGCAUUACAAUUUUUUAAACUUUUGUGUGUAAUCUGUUUUGUGAUUUGGGAAAAAUAUAUGUAUUCCUGAUUACAUCUUAAAUUCACCAUGUUGCAAUAGUGGAAUACUGAUUUUAUGAUCUAUGCUGAUUUCAAAAUAAUGUUUGAGUUUAAUUACUUGCUUUCUUAAUUUACCCAGUUAACAUCCAGUUUAGUUCACAAAGCUUUAACUAGCAUAUCCUCUCUGAGUAUUGGACACCAAAGCAAAUGAACAGCCCAUUUUGGCUGUUUUCAGACAAACAGUCUUGUUUUCCCUCUUUGUAUAAGACAGAAAUAUGGCUUAUAACAUGUAAUUAGUGGCCAUGACUUUAAAUUAUUUUUUCCACAUUCUUUAAUUGAAGGCAUUUAAAUCUCAAAGCAAAUAAUUGCUUGAAAUUAAGAGGAGGCAUUUUCAUCUUUCGAAAGUAAUGUAUGUUUAAACAGUAUAAGCUAAAAUGCUUAUUCCUGUCAGAAAUCAUGUUUGAUUUUGUUUGUAAAGAAAAUUCAAAUAUGGGCUCGCAGAAUCUUAAACAUGUAAGUGGUCCAAAGGUAAGAACAUUAAGUUACUAGAUUGUGAAUGAAACUGGUUAAUGCACUAAACGUUUUGUGCCUUGGUCUAAAAUUAAUGAGUUCUGUG